UCCCAUCUCGAGUAGAGAGAGAGAGACUCGGGGGACACAGAAUUGAGUAGAGAGAUAGAAAAGUAGAGAGAGAGAGAGAGCGAAAAAUUUUAGGAGAGAGAAGUAAAAUGUGGUGAGGGGGGAAGAACUAGGAGGAAGAGAGAGAGAGAUGUCUGAUAGUUGUAGUGGAAAAUAGGGGGCAAAGCUGCAGCAUUUGGUCUCUGCAAAGUCGGCAAACUCUCCUUUUUCAAAGCUCCUCCGGUCUUUCUCUUGUCGGCUACUUUUCCGGCAACCCGUUACCACAACUUUUUCCGGCGCGUCUUCGCCGGAAAACAACAGCUCGCCGGGAGAUUCAGACCUGUAUCUUUUUUCUGCCCUUUUCUUGGAAAAUAUCUCAGAAAAAUCCAUUUUUUAGCUAAGGAAUCCACAGUUUUAUUCUUUGUUCUCUACAUCUUCAAAUCCGUGUACUUAUCAUAGCGAAGAAGAGCUACUCGAAGCUCCUAUCUUGGUGGUUCAAUUGGUGAGAUUGUGUUUUCUAUUUUUUGUUUUCGCCGGAGAAAGCAUCGGAAAGUCACUGGGUGAUGAACUACCCGUGAGAGUCCCCAAUAAUUUUCUGCUUCGGCGGUGAAUCGCGAGGGACGGUCGCCGGAAUCGGCUGAAUGAAGACGCCGGCGAACUGUGCAGGCGCUGCAAUGGCGACGGCAACAACCAAUCCCAGCGAAGGAGAGAAGAAGAGCAUAAACCCGGAGCUAUGGCAAGCGUGCGCCGGACCUCUGGUCAACCUACCGGCUGCUGGGACCCACGUCGUCUACUUCCCACAAGGCCACAGCGAACAGGUUGCAGCAUCUAUGAAGAAGGAUGUGGAUGCUCAAAUCCCGAGCUAUCCAAAUCUUCCAUCAAAGAUACUUUGCCUCCUUCACAAUGUUACACUGCAUGCGGAUACAGAGACAGAUGAAGUAUAUGCGCAGAUGACGCUACAACCAGUUCCUUCUUUUGACAAGGAUGCAUUGUUGAGAUCAGAUCUUUCCACGAAGGCAAAUAAACCUCAAACAGAAUUCUUUUGUAAAACUUUGACAGCAAGCGAUACAAGCACUCAUGGAGGUUUCUCUGUACCCCGUCGUGCUGCAGAAAAGAUUUUCCCUCCCCUUGAUUUCUCUAUGCAACCACCUGCUCAAGAGCUUGUAGCCAGGGAUUUGCAUGAUAAUGUAUGGACUUUUCGUCAUAUCUAUCGUGGGCAACCAAAACGUCAUUUACUUACAACGGGAUGGAGCCUAUUUGUUAGUGGAAAGAGGCUUUUUGCAGGUGACUCGGUCCUAUUUAUAAGGGAUGAAAAGCAGCAGCUUCUCUUGGGUAUUAGACGGGCUAACAGGCAGCCUACCAAUUUAUCAUCAUCAGUAUUGUCAAGUGAUAGUAUGCAUAUCGGGAUCCUAGCAGCAGCAGCCCAUGCAGCUGCUAAUAAUAGCCCAUUUACCAUCUUUUAUAAUCCAAGGGCUAGUCCAUCUGAAUUUGUCAUUCCUUUUGCCAAGUACUACAAAGCAGCGUGCAGCAACCAAAUAUCCCUUGGCAUGCGCUUUCGGAUGAUGUUUGAAACUGAAGAAUCUGGAACAAGAAGGUAUAUGGGUACAAUCACAGGUAUCAGUGAUCUGGAUCCCGUAAGAUGGAAAAACUCUCAAUGGCGAAACUUGCAGGUUGGUUGGGACGAGUCAACUGCUGGAGAAAGGCGCAACCGAGUCUCAAUUUGGGAGAUUGAACCUGUAACAGCUCCCUUUUUCAUCUGCCCGACUCCCUCGUUUUUCAGAUCAAAGCGUCCCAGGCAACCAGGAAUGCCAGAUGAUGAAUCUUCUGAUUUUGAGAGCCUAUUUAAGAGGACAAUGCCUUGGCUUGGUGAUGAUAUCGGCAUGAAAGAUCCCCAAGCUCUCCCUGGCCUAAGCUUAUUCCAGUGGAUGAACAUGCAGCAAAACCCUUCCCUGGGUAACUCGAUGCAGCCAAAUUAUCUGCAUUCCUCAUCUGGGCCUGUUCAGCAAAACCGUGCUGGGGCAGAUCUGGCGCAUCAAUUAGGAUUGCCUACACCGGAAAUCCCUCAGCAAAACAACUUACAGUUCAAUGCCCAGAGGUCUAUCCAGCAAGCUCAGCUUGACCAGCUCCAAAAGCUGCCGGCUGCCUCAUUGAACCCAUUAAGUUCGAUUUUGCAGCCGCAAAAACAGUUGGCUGAUGUAACACAGCAGCCAAAACAAAAUAUGAUUAAUCAAACACUAGCCUCGAUGCAAGUUCAGGCGCAAAUUCUGCAGUCACAGGCUCUUGUUCAAAAUAAGAAUAUUCUUCAGCAGCCACCUAUUCAAAACCAUCAGCUUCACAGCAACCAUCCUCAGAGCCUGCAGCAGCUGCAACAGCAACAAAUUGUGGGUCAGAACCAACAACAGAACUUAAUUCCAUCCCAGCUGCCUGAUCAAGUAAACCAACAGUUGCAAAUGUCCGAGAAUCAGAUCCAGUAUCAACUUUUGCAGAAGCUUCAGCAGCAACAGCAAGCACUUUUAGCCCAGCAGUCUACACUGCAACAGCCUCCUCAACUUACUCAAGUCCAAGAUCAACAGAAACAGCUGUUAAAUGUAUCUCAGAGCUUUUCUAGGUAUGCAACGCCUAGCCAAAUGCUGGAUAUGCCUCAAGCAGCAGCAACUUCUCUUCCUCAGUCACACGAUAUCCCGCAGCAGAUGACAAAGAAUAAUAGCCAAACAAAUGUUCUGUUUUCCCAUCCAACCCAGCAACCAAAGUUCCAGCCGCAGCAGCAACCUGGCAUGUUGCCUGAAUUUCCUGGGCAAGCGGGACACGCCCAAUCUUCAACUACCAAUCAUCUCUCCAGAGCUGGGAGCAGUUUAUUGACAGGAACUGGUUUGGGGCAGUCUGGUGUUACUGAUGAUGUUCCCUCUUGUUCCACUUCACCUUCCACAAACAAUUGUCCAAAUUCAAUUCAACCCAUCAUGAACAGCAAGGUCCCCCGAAGCAUAACCACGGGGGAGGAGACAACUAAGUCUGCUGUUACUCUUUUGAGUUCCAGUGGUUUAGAGACCAUGCCUUCUAAUGUUAACUUAGUUAAAGAUUUGCAGCAAAAACCUGAUAUCAAGCCUUCAGUGAAAAUUUCCGAGAAUCAAAACCAAUCAUUUUUCAUCCCACCAACAUACCCCAAUGCUGGUGUAGCCCAGAUGGAUUACUUGGAGACAUCAUCGUCGGCAACUUCAGUUUGUAUUUCUCAGAAUGAUGUCCAUUUACAGCAGAACAACAACCCAUUGUCUUUUAAUCCACAAGCAAUGUUGUUUAGAGAUACAAGUCAAUUUGGGGAAGUUCAGGGUGAUCCCAGGUACAAUGUUCCAUUUAGAGAGAACAUUGAGAAUCAAUUGGAUAUGCCCAUGAUUCCUGACCCUUUGGAUGCAAAGGGUAUGGUGGGUUCAGGGAAAGAUUUCUCAGAUAAUCUCUCUUCAGGAGGCGGCAUGUUUGCCCACUAUGAAAACGCCAAAGAUACUCAACCAGAACUUUCAUCGUCAAUGGUUUCCCAGUCAUUUGGAGUUCCAGAUAUAGCCUUCAAUUCAAUUGAUUCCACAAUAAACGAUGGUAGCUUCUUGAAUAGGGGUGCCUGGGCUCCACCACCACAGCUUCAGCGGCUGCGGACGUAUACGAAGGUGUACAAGCGUGGAGCUGUAGGGAGAUCAAUUGAUAUUGCUCGUUAUUCAGGAUAUGAGGACCUUAAACAAGAUCUGGCUCGUAUGUUUGGCGUAGAGGGCCAGCUGGAGGACCGACAAAGAAUAGGCUGGAAACUUGUGUAUGUGGAUCAUGAGAAUGAUGUGCUGUUAGUUGGGGAUGACCCUUGGGAGGAGUUUGUUAAUUGUGUUCGAUGCAUCAAGAUCCUCUCACCUCAAGAAGUCCAACAAAUGAGCUUGGAUGGUGAUUUUGGUAACAGUGUCCUUCCGAAUCAAGCCUGCAGCAGUUCUGAUGGUGGAAACAUGUAGAUUGGCGAACUGACCUUUUUAGCAUUUUCUUCCAAGGUGGAAGCUUUACUAAUAUUAGUUUUACAAUCCGUCGAACCUCCCGGCCUGUGAUUUUCAUGUUUAGUACUUGCAAGUGGGCCAAGCCAACUAUACCUUGAAUCGGGUAUAAGAAGAAAUUCCUUGGCAGUUAAAGUAUAAACAGAGGUAAGAAGUGGAGGAAGCCAAGCAACUAAAUGUUGAAUCGGGUAUAAGAAGCAAUUCAUUGCCAGUUAAAAGCUUGUGUCUUCGACUUGGACCUGGUUUGAAUGUAGAAACAGAGGUAAGAAGUGGAGGAAACAGAAGCUUUUUCACUGGUUUAGAAAAGAAAAUGGAGUUUUGUAUUUAAGUUUAGAGAAGAACCCAGUCUGGCAAUGGAUUCAACUUUGUGAUAUGAUGGACGUUGGACGAUCAAUUCUUUUUUAUAUUAUAUAUUUUGAAAAUCCUCCCACUUAGAUGCAUUGUAGAAAGUAAAGCUUGAAAUUUGUACACUUCGUUUUAAUUGUAUAGAUGUGUAGAUUAAUGAAAUUGCUCAGAAUGCUUUCCACAAAAAUAUAGUGUUGAUAGAUGGUGAGACUCUAUUAUGUUUGGUCGGUUUAUUUAUUUAUUUGAGAGGUAUAAGAGAUACCAAAUCAUACCAUUAAAUUAUAGCAUAUCAUGUGGUAUGUUUGGUUUACUAAA